AUGGCGCGGACCCUGCGGCCGUCCCCGCUGUGUCCUGGAGGCGGCAAAGCACAACUUUCCUCCGCUUCUCUCCUCGGAGCCGGGCUCCUGCUGCAGCCCCCGACGCCGCCUCCGCUGCUGCUGCUGCUUUUCCCGCUGCUGCUCUUCUCCAGGCUCUGUGGUGCCUUAGCUGGACCAAUUAUUGUGGAGCCACAUGUCACAGCAGUAUGGGGAAAGAAUGUUUCAUUAAAGUGUUUAAUUGAAGUAAAUGAAACCAUAACGCAGAUUUCAUGGGAGAAGAUACAUGGCAAAAGUUCACAGACUGUUGCAGUUCACCAUCCCCAGUAUGGAUUCUCUGUUCAAGGAGAAUAUCAGGGAAGAGUCUUGUUUAAAAAUUACUCACUUAAUGAUGCAACAAUUACUCUGCAUAACAUAGGAUUCUCUGAUUCUGGAAAAUACAUCUGCAAAGCUGUUACAUUCCCGCUUGGAAAUGCCCAGUCCUCUACAACUGUAACUGUGUUAGUUGAACCCACUGUGAGCCUGAUAAAAGGGCCAGAUUCUUUAAUUGAUGGAGGAAAUGAAACAGUAGCAGCCAUUUGCAUCGCAGCCACUGGAAAACCCGUUGCACAUAUUGACUGGGAAGGUGAUCUUGGUGAAAUGGAAUCCACUACAACUUCUUUUCCAAAUGAAACGGCAACGAUUAUCAGCCAGUACAAGCUAUUUCCAACCAGAUUUGCUAGAGGAAGGCGAAUUACUUGUGUUGUAAAACAUCCAGCCUUGGAAAAGGACAUCCGAUACUCUUUCAUAUUAGACAUACAGUAUGCUCCUGAAGUUUCGGUAACAGGAUAUGAUGGAAAUUGGUUUGUAGGAAGAAAAGGUGUUAAUCUCAAAUGUAAUGCUGAUGCAAAUCCACCACCCUUCAAAUCUGUGUGGAGCAGGUUGGAUGGACAAUGGCCUGAUGGUUUAUUGGCUUCAGACAAUACUCUUCAUUUUGUCCAUCCAUUGACUUUCAAUUAUUCUGGUGUUUAUAUCUGUAAAGUGACCAAUUCCCUUGGUCAAAGAAGUGACCAAAAAGUCAUCUACAUUUCAGAUCCUCCUACUACUACCACCCUUCAGCCUACAAUUCAGUGGCAUCCCUCAACUGCUGACAUCGAGGAUCUAGCAACAGAACCUAAAAAAUUGCCCUUCCCAUUGUCAACUUUGGCAACAAUUAAGGAUGACACAAUUGCCACGAUCAUUGCUAGUGUAGUGGGUGGGGCUCUCUUCAUAGUACUUGUAAGUGUUUUGGCUGGAAUAUUCUGCUAUAGGAGAAGACGGACGUUUCGUGGAGACUACUUUGCCAAGAACUACAUUCCACCAUCAGAUAUGCAAAAAGAAUCACAAAUAGAUGUUCUUCAACAAGAUGAGCUUGAUUCUUACCCAGACAGUGUAAAAAAAGAAAACAAAAAUCCAGUGAACAAUCUAAUACGUAAAGACUAUUUAGAAGAGCCUGAAAAAACUCAGUGGAACAAUGUAGAAAAUCUCAAUAGGUUUGAAAGACCAAUGGAUUAUUAUGAAGAUCUAAAAAUGGGAAUGAAGUUCGUCAGUGAUGAACAUUAUGAUGAAAACGAAGAUGACUUAGUUUCACAUGUAGAUGGUUCCGUAAUUUCCAGGAGGGAGUGGUAUGUUUAGCAACCACUGAAUGUGACUUAACUAUGUACAAUGUUCAUUCACACUAGUUGAUCAUUUUCAGAUUGUUCAUACUUUUUCUUGAGGAAGAAUAAGCUUUUUCAAGUUGAUUUUCAAGCUUACUUUUUAUAUUCUAAUCUGACAAAUGAAAAUGUAAAAUCUGAGUUCAGUGUAUCUAAGCUGCUUUACAAUUUUUUUUCAAUGCUGUACUACUGUCUCAAGAUUUAAAUUUUAAUGCAGAGUACUUUAUUGGUGUGAGGCACGCAGGUAAGAAGAAAUGUCAACAUUAAAUGUAUGACUUAUUUGGUACAAAAAUUUUUUUAAAAGGGAACUACCUUGACAUUGUGUAUUAAAUGUUUACCUAAGACUAUAAUCUCAAGUAUGAUGUUUGUUUAACAUAUACCUCUCAAAAUUUAUCACCACUCAAUGACACUGCAUCAAAAUUGACUAUAAAACUAAUUCAAGAAAUAUUUAUAUAUAUUUUUUAAUAUACAAAAAAUAUUUAGCCUGAUGGAAUGGCUUUCCUUUUCAAACAUUAUUUUCUAAGUUUCUAUACAAAUGAAAUCUUUACCUCUGCAUAUUAAUGAGCCUUGCCAUAAUUACUGUAGAGUGGCUUUUCAAAGAUAUUUUGUUGCACUAAAACUGUGGUAGUAAACUCAGUGAACAUGAUGUGUGGAAGAGCAUAAUUAGCUGGUCAAUAUUUUUGUCCAAAAUACCUGCAAGAGUAAUAAAAUACAUACCUUUCAAACAUGAUAAUUAUUAGUUUUUUUUUUCCUUUCUGGAACAUGGAUUUUGGUACAUUAGCAGUAGCCUUAUUUUAAUGCUUUAUGUCCUAAACAUACUAAUAGAAAUGAAAAGACGCAGAGAGAGCAUUUCAGAAUACUGAAGUACUAGUUUUAGAAAUGAGACUUUCAGCCAACAAUCUAUAGAAAGAAUUUUAUGGACCAUCUUGUUUUAGUUAUUUAAUGUUGAUGUUGUUCAAACGGGUAAAUGUACAGAAAGAAAAUUUUAGAGUAAACUUGGAAACAUUGGAUAUAACUAGAAAAAUCUAGAUUAUAGAAUUAGUCGGUAACACUUGCUAAUGGACAUUGGCAUUCAUCUCCUUUUUCCUCCUAAGUGUAUGUAUGUGUUUUAAGAUUUCUGUUUUUACAAUUAAAACUGGAAACAUGA